AUGAAGGCUGCCAUUCUGGCCACGGCGGCCGCCUUGACCGGCUCCGCCCUCGCCGACGUCGCCCACAUGCGCCGCGGUCAUGACUCCUUCCAUCACCGUCGCGCCAUGCACGCCCAGGAGCCCGAGGAGACCUGUGGCUGCACCACCGAGGUCAUCACCUUCUACGGAUCUCCUACCCUCGUGCCCAUCUCCACGCCCUCGGCCACUCCUACUCCCGCUCCCGCUCCCGAGACCACCAGCACCGAGGAGGUCACCACCACUCUCCACUCCACCAGCACCAGCACCGUCACCGUCACCGCGACUCCCGAGACUCCCGAGGUGACUCUGCCUACUCCCGGUGUCACCAGCUUCUCCUCCACCGGUGUCUACACCAUCCCCGCCACCACCCUGACCGUCACCGACACCACCACCGUCUGCGGCGCCACCAGCACUGAGCUCCCCAGCGGUACGGCCACCUACGGCGGUGUCACCACCGUCGUCGAGACCUCCACCACCGUGGUCUGCCCCUAUGCCACCGUCAAGCCCAGCGGCAGCACCGUCACCAGCGUCAUCGAGACCACCACCUACGUCUGCCCCAGCGCCGGUACCUACACCGUUGUGCCCCCGACCACCACCUACGUGCCCACCAGCACCGUCAUGGUCUACCCCACCCCGGCCACCUUCACCCCGGGUACCUACACCCAGGAUGCGCAGACCGUGACCGUCACCCGCACCGACUACACCUACGUGUGCCCGACCUUCCACCCUGAACUGCCCUCCAGCUCCGCCCCGGCCCCCACCACCAGUGCGGUGCCCACCACUACUGCGGUGCCCACCUCGACCGUGGUUCCCUCCAGCACCACCUCCGUGCCCGCCUCCAGCUCCAGCUCCUCCGCCGAGGUCCCCCAGACCACCGGAAGCGGCCAGAUGGGUAUGACCUACUCGCCCUACACCAACGCGGGCGGCUGCAAGUCCAAGGCCGACGUGCUGCAGGAUAUUGCUACCAUCAAGCAGAAGGGCUUCACCCACGUGCGCGUCUACUCGACCGACUGCAGCAGCCUGGAGUGGAUCGGUGAGGGUGCUAAACAGCAGGGACUCAUCAUGAUCUUGGGUGUCUACAUUGACUCUUCCGGCGUCUCCGGCGCCCAGAGCCAGGUCACCGACAUUGCCAACUGGGCCGAGUGGGAUCUCGUCUCGCUCAUCGUCGUCGGUAACGAGGCCAUCCAGAACGGCUACUGCACCGCCAGCGAGCUCGCCAGCUUCAUCACCUCCGCCAAGCAGGCCUUCAAGGCCGCCGGCUACUCGGGCCAGGUCACCACCACCGAGCCCAUCAACGUCUGGGAGUCGUCCGGCUCCGCCCUGUGCAGCUCCAUCGACAUCCUCGGCGCCAACAUCCACCCGUUCUUCAACUCCGAGGUGACCGCCUCUCAGGCCGGCAAGUUCGUCCAGAGCCAGGUCGACAUCCUCGAGAAGAUCUGCCCCGGCAAGGACGUCAUCAACCUCGAAACCGGCUGGCCGAGCAAGGGUUCAGCCAAUGGCCUCGCCAUCCCCGGCACCUCCCAGCAGUCCGAGGCCAUUAAGUCGCUUCGCAACGACGUCGGCGCCCUGUCCGUCUUCUUCUCCUUCUCCAACGACCUGUGGAAGUCCCCCGGCGCGUUCGACGUUGAGCAGUACUGGGGUUGCAUCGACCAGUUCUAG